AUGGCUCGGCUGGCGCAGGAGACAGCUCUGCCAGAAGACGUGGCCGCGUCUCGGUCGGACGAGGCCGAGCUGGUAAAUUUGACUCGGCUGUUGAUCAGCUUACAGCGCAAUAUUCUACAUCCCACUUUGGAGCAGGAGCGGCGACUGAGAGUGAGCGAGCUCGAGAGGACCAAGGUGGAAAGGAUUCUGGAGUAUGCCCGCUCGGUCCUCACAAAGCUCGAGCAAGAUGCCUUGCAGGUCCAGGCGCCGACCAAAAGGGCAAAGAUCCAGAGCCUCUUGAACGAGAACCGUGACAGGCUCGAGAGCCUGCUCGACCGCUUGCAGGAUUUCCGACACAUGGCCGUUGAUGACGACGGCAGCUCGGAUGGAGAAGAUGUCCUCGAGCAUGUUAUUCCAACGCCCAGUGAAAGCAUCGACUCCGACCCCCCGGCAGCUCAAGACGAAGGCGAAGAAUCGAAAACGAGAGCAGAACAAGUCUCAUCUUGCCGUACCGGAGCGCCUUUGCCCGAGCAGUCGGCCGUAGAAGCUACGCCCACGCUGGAACCUCACGGCUCAUCUCAACAGCCUGCUGGGCCCAUCGACACAACCACAUGCCCGUCACCGGCAACACAAACCACCCAAGCCGUACGAUUACGAUCCAGACAAGCCGCGCAGCCGUCAAGCUCAACGCCGGACCCUGUGUCACAUUCUACCGCUCGCGCCGCCCUUUUCGCAAACAGGAGCAACUCCGUCGGCCCCCGGACAUCCAACGCCACAGCGGAAGCCAUUCUCGACCAGCAGAGAGCCGAGCAGGACUUUUUGUCCGAAUCCAUUCUCAAAAUGGCCGGCGCAUUGAAAGAGAGCUCCCAAAAGUUCUCCACGACACUGGAUGCCGACAAGGAUGUGCUGGAAAAGGCCGGGGAGGGCAUAUCCAAGACGGAGCAGAGCAUGGAAGCAGCAAGAGGCAGGAUGGGCACGUUGCGGAAGAUGACGGAGGGAAAAGGCUGGUGGGGGCGCAUGAUGCUGUUUGCCUGGGUAUACGGCCUCAUGUUUGGAUUGAUCUUGUUGGUUUUCGUGAUGCCCAAGUUACGAUUUUAG